AUUGUCAAAUAAAGAAGAGCGAAAGGAAAUAAUCCCCCCUCUUCGGCUGCUUGCAGUGAAAAGCGGAGCAACACGGAGCGCGCCAGCACAAAACUCCAGGGUGACCCCCCUCCCGGUCUGACGUACCCAAAGCUGUUGGUAUAAAUGAAUUCACGGCAUCACCGAGCUCAGAUGUUUCGCAGUGCAAAUGAGCCCACCGGUGUCCACACUCAUGGGCUGCUACACACACACACAUGGGCGCGGGCGCACACACACACAUGCGCAGCCUUUAGCGUGCACGCUCGCAAACACUGCGUCAUGCGUCCUGAGAGCGACAACACGAACGCGGUAACCACGAUGGACACCUAAAACGCACCGGCGGCGGCAGUCUGAGCGGCUGGCUGACUUUCUGCUCACUUUAUCCCCCACCCCCCACGCUGCUUCAGGAAAGUUUCACUGACAGUGUGCGGCGGCAUUAUGGAUUUUAUAACAAGGAGCAAUGACAGCAACGCGACCAGCGGUUACCCUGAAGGGAUGGACGUGGUCGCCGACUGGAUCGGGGGUGAGAAUUUGACGGCGUCUGGGUUCCUGCCAGAUCUGGUGCUGGCUUACCAGAUCAUCACCUCUCUGCUCCUGGGGGCCCUCAUCCUCUGCUCCAUAUUUGGCAAUGCGUGCGUCGUGGCAGCCAUCGCCCUGGAGAGAUCUCUCCAGAAUGUCGCCAACUACCUGAUCGGAUCCCUGGCCGUGACAGACUUGAUGGUAUCGGUGCUGGUGCUGCCCAUGGCGGCGCUCUACCAGGUUUUAAACAAAUGGACUCUGGGGCAGGGGAUCUGUGACUUGUUCAUCUCUUUGGAUGUACUGUGUUGUACAUCAUCCAUCCUGCAUCUGUGCGCAAUUGCCUUGGACAGGUACUGGGCAAUAACUGACCCCAUUGACUAUGUAAAUAAACGGACACCAAAGCGAGCUGCGCUCUUGAUUUCCGCAACUUGGCUCAUUGGUUUCUCCAUCUCCAUCCCGCCUAUGUUAGGGUGGAGAAGCGCAGAGGACAGGGCGAAUCCGGACGCGUGCAUGAUCAGCCAGGACCCGGGCUACACGAUCUACUCCACGUUUGGAGCGUUUUACAUCCCGCUCAUCCUGAUGCUGGUGCUGUACGGGCGGAUAUUCAAGGCCGCUCGGUUUCGGAUUCGCAAGACGGUGAAGAAAACCGAGAAGGCAAAAGUUUCGGACAAGUGCUUGACCAUAUCGCCCGCCAUCUUCCACAAGAAACGGAACGGGGAGCUCGGCGGAAAGGGCUGGAAGCGCUGCGACGAGUCCAAAACCAGCUCCCCGUGCGUAAACGGCGCGGUGAAGCACGGAGACGAGGGCGAGUCGCUGGAGAUCAUAGAAGUUCUCAGCAACUCCAAGACGCACCUGCCCUUGCCCAACACCCCGCAGUCGUCCUCGCAGGGCUACGAGAGCAUGAACGAGAGGAACUCGGGAGCAAAAAGGAAGCUCGCGCUGUCCCGCGAGCGCAAAACGGUGAAAACGCUCGGUAUCAUCAUGGGCACGUUCAUCGUCUGCUGGCUGCCGUUUUUCAUCGUGGCGCUGGUGUUGCCUUUCUGCGCAGACAGCUGCUACAUGCCCGACUGGCUGGGCGCCGUUAUAAACUGGCUGGGCUACUCCAACUCCCUCCUGAACCCCAUCAUAUAUGCCUACUUCAACAAAGACUUCCAAAGUGCUUUCAAGAAGAUCAUAAAGUGCAAAUUCCACAGAGCAUAAUCUCAUAAUAAAUACUUACAAACGUGGUGCAGGUWAAMAACAACAACAAAUCAAAUAAAAAAGGGGACAAUGGUCACAAAAGCUGUACAGAGCAGGAAAAAAACCUCACAGACUUUCAUUCAGGGACAGAUUAUUUUAGGUGUGUGAGAUUAUUGUGUAAAAAAUAAUCAUAAUAAAACAAAAAAGGGCAGAAAUCUUUGUUCCUAAUGUACAAGCUCAUGUUUCUUCCGUGUUGUAGUGACACAUGCGACACACACACACACAAACAACCAUAGUUGUAUUGCCACGCCAGACGUGUCCUGUGCUGAUUCCAUGCAUUUCUAUCAUGAGGCACGCGGGGUGUCCAUCCCACGCCACGAGCUUUGUAGCACUGAAACAAUAAAAAGCAAUCAGCGUGUCAUUAAGAACUCUGGAGUGGAGUUUUUGUUCACGAAAGGAGGAGAUGGAGUCGAGGAAAACAGCAGGCCUAAAAUUAAGCUGUCUCAUGUCUUCAUAGAGGUCAGGUCAUCAGGACUGAGUGGGAUUUUUUAUGCUUUUUUUUUAGCCAACACAGCAGGAAAAGUGCAUUAUUUGCUCUGCCAGGUGUCUCAUAUGCAGCAUAGGUUGAAUCUCAGGUUAUUCUUGUAGAAUAAUGUAGAAUAAAACCAAUUGAAAGCUUAUUUGGUUUUCUUAUAAAUCUCACUUUUCACUUCUUAUUCAGAU